UCAAUAGGACUUGGAAGUUUUUUCUUUAACUAUAAAUGCAUAUGCAUAUCAACAGCGUCUAAGUAAAAUAAUACUUUAUCAGCAUCAAGCUUUUGACAAUGGUGACUGAUAUACUCACAAAAUUCUCCCUUCUGAAUACAUCCAUCGUCACGGACUUUUCGUUCUCGUUCACCCAUUUCUUAAUCGCAACCACUUUAGUCAUUGGAGUUCUCUAUUAUGCACUCAGAACAAAUUGUGUAUAUCUCAUAGACUUCACCUGUUAUCUGCCACCGGAUCAUUUACGAGCUACGAGCUCCAACUUUGUAGAACACGUCGAGAUGAGUGGUCUCUUCAGUAAAGAGAAUGUUGAUUUCCAUGAGAAAGUUUUGGAAAGAUCAGGCAUUGGAGAUGAAGCUUGUUUGCCUAUUUCAGUCCAUGAGAUACCGGCUGACACUUCAUUAAAUGCAGCUAAAAGAGAAGUUGAAGUUGUUCUUUUCACAAUUGUAACAGAUCUUCUUACCAAGCACAACAUAAAUCCUAAAAGCAUUGAUAUUCUGAUAUCAAACUGCAGCCUGUUCUGUCCGACUCCAUCCAUUAGUGCAAUGACCAUAAAAAAGUUUGGUCUCAGAAGCAACAUAAAAAACAUCAGCCUAAGUGGAAUGGGGUGCAGUGCGGGACUUCUAUCGAUAAGUUUGGCUAAAGAACUACUCAAAGUUCACAAGAACUCAUUGGUUUUAGUUAUCAGCAUGGAAGCUGUAUCUCCCAAUGGCUACAAGGGCCAAUCUAAGUCCAUGAUUGUUGCCAACACCAUAUUUCGCAUGGGUGGAGCUGCUAUUCUGCUGUCAAACAGGAAGCAAGACAAGAAGAUGGCGAGCUACAAGCUCCAGCAUCUUGUCCGAACCCACACAGGAUCUGAUGACCAAGCCUACCACUCUGUCUUCCAGCAAACAGAUGAUGAUGGGAAAGCAGGCGUGUUGCUUUCGAGGGCACUUCUACAUACUGCAGCCAAAGCUUUAAAGACUAACAUAUCAGAGUUAGGACCUCUUGUGUUGCCAUACUCUGAGCAGCUGCAAUUUGCAUGGUCAUUAAUUCACCGAAAGUUAUGGAAUGCAGCAAGACAAAAUGAAUUAUAUGUGCCAAAAUUCAAGAAGGCUUUCAAGCAUUUCUGCAUACACGCUGGAGGAAGAGCGAUAAUUGAUGCUGUCGAGAAAAAUCUCAAGCUGCAGAAGGAAGAUGGGGAAGCUUCAAGGAUGACUCUCUAUCGAUUUGGUAAUACCUCGUCUUCUUCAGUUUGGUAUGAACUCUGCUACCUGGAAGCAAAGGGAAAGGUGAAGAAAGGAGACCAGAUUUGGCAAAUUGCAUUCGGUAGUGGCUUCAAGUGUAACAGUGCAGUAUGGAAAUCCAUUUCUGAUAUCAAACCAAAUGAAAAGAAUGCUUGGUCAGACAGAAUUCAUUUGUAUCCUGUAAAGAUACCAAUUGUAUCAUGAGCCAAUGGACUAUCAACAAUGCUCUUUUGAUGUAUUCCUAAAUACAUUCUGGAGCUCAUAUAUAUAUAGCUAGUCAAUAAAAAUGUCCUUAUUUAUUCUCA